AUGAUUAGGGAUUUUGAAUUUUGUAGACCAGUUGUUGUUGUUGACGGGGCACAUUUAAGCGGUCCAUAUGAAGGAACAUUUGUAUCAGCAAGCACAUUAGAUGGUGCAGGUUGUAUUCUGCCAUUAGCUUACGGUGUUGUUGAUUCGGAGAAUGACAACGCGUUAAUUUGUUUUUUUCAAAAGUUUAGAGAGGAAUUUGGUGAAAGAGACAACAUGUGUGUUGUUUCAGACAGAAAUGAAAGUAUCAUAAAAGGUGUAAGCAUUGUUUAUCCUAAUGUCCUUCAUCUAGCAUGUAUAUGGCAUUUAUGGAAAAACGUUGCUAAGGUUGAUCAAAGAGUUAAGGAAUAUCUAGAGGAAGAUGGAUAUGAAAAAUGGGCUAGGUGUCACUCACCAGUAAAUAGAGGUAGAAUGAUGACUUCAAAUAUAGCCGAAUGUAUUAAUGGUUGUUUGGUUGAGGCUAGAAAACUUCCUAUUCUAGGUUUCCUAGAAGAAGUUAGAAUCUUAUUUGCUGCAUGGAAUUGUAAGAACAACGAAAUUGCAUCAUAUACAAAUACAACUCUUGGCAGAAGAUUUGAAGAAAUUCUAACUCAUAAUGGUGUUAAAGCUUUGCGGAUGAUGGUUAAACCAGCAGGGAGUUAUCUUUAUUGUGUUUAUGAUUCGGGACGGAGGCCACAAACCAUAGUGAAGACAUAUAAACUCCCGAUAAUUCUAAUGCCAGACAAGAAGGAUUGGAAUGUUCCAUGUUUUGUUGAUGAUGAAGAAGUUUUGCCGUCCAAAUAUCGAAGACCUCCUGGAAGGCCAAAAAAAGGAAGGCACAUCGAAGACCUCCUGAAAGGCCAAAAAAAGGAAGACAUCUGA